AACCCCGAUCCCAGGGAAAAUCCCGCCAACAAGCUCAAACUACCACGGGCCACCAAUGUCGGCCGGAAACAAUUCGCCGACUUUGACCUCGCGGGAAGAGUCUUUGUCGUGACUGGAGGCGCCCAGGGACUCGUCUAUUGCUUGGAUCGCGCUGAAUCACCAGAUGAAGGUUGGGCUGAAGCCAAAUCAAGAGUCGUGCCCGAAUGGGGCGGCUCGCUACACUACCGUCAACAGGACGUCAAAGACGAGGUCGGCCUCGACCGUCUUAUGGCAACAAUUGCCGUGGAGAACCAAGGUAUCGACGGCGUUGUAGCCGCAGCAGGCGUUCAGCAGAUCACACCCUCAGUGGACUACCGAGCCAAAGACGUAACCAAUAUGCUCGACAUCAACUACACAGGCCUCCUCAUGACUGCCCAAUCAGCAGCCAAGCAAAUGUUCAGGUACAAGCGCCGGGGCAGUAUCUGCCUGAUCGCCAGCAUUUCAGGUCUCAAAGCCAACAGAGGCCUGGUAUCCCCUGUGUACAAUUCAUCCAAGGCGGCCGUCAUCCAGCUCGCACGAAACCUGGCAAUGGAGUGGAGCCCCAUCAAGAAGGACGGAACCGGCGGCAUCAGAGUCAACUGCAUCAGCCCUGGGCGCAUCUUGACCCCGAUGGUGCAAAGGAACUUUAAAGAGGUGCCAGGGUUGAAGGAGGAGUGGGAGAGGGAGAUUAUGAUGGGACGC